UGGGGUUCCAGGCUUGGCCGCCUCCUGGUGAUGUUGUUGCUGCCGCAUUCCCCGCACUGGAGCCGCGGGAGGAUGGUCACCGGGAUGCCCAGCACAUCGCAGUGAGCGCGGCUUGCUCCGGAGCCGGUAAUGGCUGAAUCAUCUCCAGCAGCUCUUCAGAAGCACAGCCUGGGCGCCGGAUCCGGUGGGGAAGCUGCCGCUGGUUGCCGGGGGAGCGGGAUUACUGCGCUGGCCACGGCGGGAGCAGCAGGAGGGGACGGGCUGGACGGGGAGUCCUUAUCCUUACAGGAGAUACUGGAGUUAUAUAAGCAGCCCAUCAACGAGGAGCAGGCAUGGGCUGUGUGUUACCAGUGCUGCGGCUGCCUGCUGGAAGGCAAGGGGACCGGGGGCAAGCGGGGCAAAAUAGCCGGGGCAUGUGAGAUCCGCAUCCGGAAAGAUGGAGCUGUCACCACCAACUGGGGGGCAGGUGGCUCAAGUGAGUCUAGAUGCACAGAAACAGAGGUUAUCGUAUCCCUUGGGAUUGUUAUUUACAAAGCAUUGGACUAUGGUCUUAAAGACAACGAGGAAAGGGAGCUAAGCCCUCCCCUGGAGAUGCUCAUAGAUAACAUGACUUAUGUGGACGAGACUGAUGGGAGCAAUGAUGAAGGCUAUGAUGCUCUGGAUGAGGAGGAUGAGGAUGGCAAGGAAAAUGAAGAGCGAGAGUUCCGCCACACGUACAAAAAUGUCAUGAAGGUUUGUGCGUCCCGUCUGCCUACUCCAUCAGAAGCCCCCAAUCACUACCAGGCAGUAUGUCGUGCCCUGUAUGCGGAGACGAUGGAGCUGCAUAUGUUCCUGACCAAAAUUAGAAGUGCAAAACAGAGUCUAAAGAAGAUUCAAGAAAUGGAGAAGGACACCACUGACCGAGGUGGCACUGAUCUGGAUGACUUAAAGAACGCAGACUGGGCACGGUUUUGGGUUCAGGUGAUGCGUGAUCUCCGAAAUGGUGUCAAGCUGAAGAAAGUGCAGGAACGUCAGUACAACUUGCUACCGAUAGAAUAUGAGCUAACGCCGUAUGAGAUGCUUAUGGAUGAUAUCCGCUCAAAGCGGUACACUUUACGGAAAGUUGCGGUUCAGGGUGACAUCCCACCUCGAUUAAAGAAGAGUGCUCAUGAAAUAAUCCUUGAUUUCAUACGUUCCAGACCCCCGCUAAAUCCUGUUGCUGCUCGAAAAUUAAAGCCUACACCACCUCGUCCACAAAGCCUUCAUGAAAGGAUCCUAGAGGAGAUCAAAGCUGAGAGAAAGUUACGUCCCGUGUCCCCUGAUGAGAUCAGGCGUAGCAGACUAGUAAUGCGGCCCCUUAGCAUGUCUUACAGUUUUGACAUGUCAGAUGUGUCGACCCCGGUCCAGAGAAAACUACCAGACAGCUCAGUGUUUAAUGGAGGCGUCACUCCGCAAUCCAAGACUCGUAACCGCUCUGCCCAGGUCACUGUCCAGAGGAAGAGGCUUCUGAAGGCCCCCACGCUGGCGGAAUUAGACAGCUCCGAGUCUGAGGAGGAUUUUGUGCACAAGUCCACAAGCAGCAGCGGGUCUAAUUCUCACCUUGAAGACACAUCACCGGAAGGGGCAAGCCGGAGAACACCCCCCAGAUUUCUGCCAAUUUCCUCAACACCUCAACCAGAGAGGCGACAAGCCCCGCAGAGACGUCACUCCAUAGAAAAGGAGACCCCCACCAAUGUACGGCAGUUUUUCCCCCCAUCCCGGCAGAGCUCCAGAUCUCUGGUUCCUAGGAUAACCAGUUUCUUUCCAAGGAUGACCUUCCGACAGCCAUUUUCCACCCUACACACAACCUCUCUGCUGGGCUCUCAUCCUUUUGAAGCAGCCAUGUUUGGGGCAGCAGGGGCUUUAUUUUAUCUGUGUGAGAGAGUUUAUGCCAGCAGGUGGAGAGCACCCCAGGAGGAGUUUUGCUAUCCAGUAGAAUGCCUGGCCCUCACAGUGGAGGAAGUAAUGCAUAUACGGCAGGUGCUGGUGAAGGCCGAGCUGGAGAAGUUUCAGCAGUAUAAAGAUGUCUACAACGCCCUGAAGAAAGGAAAGCUUUGUUUCUGUUGUCGAACAAAAAGAUUUUCCCUCUUCACAUGGUCUUACACAUGUCAGUUUUGCAAAAGGCCUGUGUGCUCACAGUGUUGCAAAAAGAUGCGUUUACCGUCCAAGCCAUAUUCUACCCUCCCCAUUUUUUCCUUGGGACCUUCUGCCUUGCAAAGAGGAGACAGUUUUUUGAGACCAGAAAGGCCCUCCACGAGUCACCAUAAGCCAAUGAAAAGCCUGCCCAGGUUGCCGUCCAAAUCAAAGUCUGUAGACAAGUCAGAUGAAGAACUUCAGUUUCCGAAAGAGCUCAUGGAGGAUUGGAGCACCAUGGAGGUGUGCGUGGACUGCAAAAAGUUUAUCUUGGAAAUCAUUAGUUCCAGCCGGCGCAGCCUCACGCUAGCUAACAAGAGAGCCCGGUUAAAAAGGAAAACUCAGUCGUUCUACGUGUCUUCAACGGGAAGCUCGGAGUAUCGGCCGACAGAGAGAACAAUCAAUGAGAUCUGAGUCUCUGUGCCUUUUCCUUCUAUUCGCUUCUGUGUAUUGACUAACAAGGCUGUUGGCGUUUCUAAAGCAUUGAGCAAGCUUGAAUUCUGAGAAAUAGCACAUGAACAAUUAUAAUUUUUAACUUGCUCUAGAUGCAUCAAACAGUCCCGCCGUUCAGAUGUUGCAGCCGGUAAUUCCUCUGCACUGGAAGAAUGCAACUAUUGCCUUUUUAUGUUUCCUUUCAUUGGACAGGAUUGCUGCUGGAUUUCAGCGGACCAGAAUACUGUUCUGCCUGCAAGAGGAACCUUUAUGGGCUUCUUUGUCUGUUACCUCAUUAUAACAGUACCUUUUCCUGUCCUGCUCGAUGGAAAGAGGGAAUUACUUGUUCUGUGUUGUUUCUACAUCCCUGAUUGUAGCUUAGUAAUCAUUAGCUGAACUAGUUUACUCCAAAGUACAAACGUAACAAACGUGUCUUUUUCUGGACAAGCUGCACAAGUCCCAAAAGCUCCAUACAGAGAGCUUUUUAAGUAAAUGCUUCAGGUAUUAUUUUGACGUUGCAAGCAGUAGGGUGCUCAUAACUUCAGUCCCGUAGGAACAAUUCAGAAACUUUUAGAUGGAGAAAAAUAGCACUUUUUUUAUUUCUGCCUUUAGUGCCAAAAUAAGUCUUCCCAAGCCAAGCCCAUCAUUCAUAUAUCUAUGCAUAGCAUUCAUUUCACCAGCUUCUUCUUGUGUUUUGAUAUUGACAAUCCACCACCACUGAAGAAAACAGGAAAGAUACACUUCCAAACAAAGAAUUAUUAUUAUUACAUUUAUAUUAUCUAACAAAGUGGUGGGAGCAUAGUCACAAGAGCAGAGACCUGGUUACUGCAAGAAAAACAAGAACGGACCAUACAAUGUAUGAAAUAAGUCACCAAAAAAGUUUUGACAAUACAGAAAAGUUGUCUUCUAAAUACUUUAGGCAGGCAGUGUAUAAAGGAAUUCCAAGAUGUGAAUAGUUUUUGUUCACAUUAUGAGACUCUUUGUCAAUUUCUUCCUGGCAUGAAGGUUAGCCUAUAUGAGAUUUAAAAAAAAAAUGCUCCUUCGCAAUAUUUUUUUAAGUUUUGGUAAUUUUGAGUGGGUAUGGGGGUUUUAUAAUAACAAUAAUAAUAAUAAAAAAAAUAAUAACUUCUCCAUCGAUCAUAUCAUCCAGUGCCAUGCCUCUUCCUUUCCGGAAGACAAGCCCUGCAUAAUAUAAUCCCAUUUUUUUAUAUAAGCACAUAAUUUUAUUUUAUAAGGCAGAGCUACACCUGCGCUCAACAAGGUGUAUCUCCGUUUUCCGAGUUUUAUCAUAUUGUAGGAAGAGGCCAGCAUUGUGUUAUGUUACCAUUAUAGAGGUCUUCAGGUAAAGCCGUGAUCCAUUCCCUCUGUAAGAUUCUCUUUUAGCUUCACAGUUACAGUAUAUGAAAUGAUUAUUGUAAAUACUUGUAUCAUAUUUAUAAACGUGUUCGCAUUUUGGACACUUGUGAGCAGGAACAUUUAGACACUGAAGGAAUUGCAUAUUUAUAUGUAUAUCAACUAUAAUAUAAUUUAAAGAGUCGAGGGUCCUAUUAGAUACCUGCUAGGAAUCAUGCGUACAAUAACAUAUUAUGUUAACGAGCUGCGGUUAGAGCUCAUUGCUAAUAAUUUUAUUUCACUUAACGUCAGUGCCAGAUCGGUGUGGGGUGUAUUCUGUUUCUCACUCCUCAGGCACGUUGGAGAUUUUUUUUUUCGCGUUCUUGUGUGCAAUUUGUUACUGUGUUUUAUUUGUGAACAGUGUUUUGGAUUCAUUUUCAUUUUUAUUUGCAGCUCUUUGGUUAUCGGAGGGGUCGUGCCUCUGACAACCAAUUGGUUCAAGGGUCAAAUUCCUUUUUAAUAACACAAAGCUUUUAUUGGAACCAGUAAAGAAAAAGAAUUAAGGAGAGCCCACACAACAUAUACCAAAAACUGAACAAAAAAUAUACCACCAACACCUUUACACUCUCAUCUGAUGUGCCUAGUAUAAUUAUUCCUGUUACACCAUAGUAGUUUCGAUACAAUGUAGAAAAAGAGCCCUGAAGACGCUAUAUCCAGUUGUUUUUUUUCCUAUUAACAUUUUUCUAAUGCUUCUGAUAUUGGGAUGUGUUGUGUGAGUUCCCUUCAUAUUGUCUUUUUUAAUAUACUGGUUCCUGUGAAACAUUGUAAUUUUAAGAGAAUUUCUCCUUUCUUGGAUAGUCUAAUAGGUUUUUAGUUCCAGUUCCCAUUGUGUUGGAUGAACAUGGCCAAAGCUAGAACAGGCCAUGAUGGAGACUCAGCCUUUCAUUCAUUGUAGUUGGUCUAGAUUAUAUGCCAUUGACAAUUCCCCGUUGACUCUUAUCUCCUUCUACAUUUACCCCGCAGCAGCCAGAAUGGUCUGCGAGGAUAAUAAGAGGCUUUUACAUCGUGACCUUGUAGUUCUUCAAAUAUACAAUUUCGUACUGUACUUACAAGGAUGUAAACAUAGUCAUGAAGUUGUCUUGAGUUUAUGUUAACAUUUUUUGCAUGGCAUUUGGAAAAAAUCUUAUGCCUGGAUAUGUUACGCAAAAGAAAAAAAAAUCGGUAAAUUACCACUUAUCCAGUGGCUGCCGUGCAAUGUAUAAAAGUUGUUUUAUUGCCAAUCCAUGCCCAGUACCAACAAUAAAAUAUUCAUUUUGCAGA